UCAGCUGUUGUCAGUUGGACGAAAACAAUCGUCCGAAGUGAAACAUAUUUCCGGAGUAUUCAACUUAAACUAUAAAUACUGAGGCUCGAAUGCAUGACUUGUUAAUAUGGAAAACGUAGAGAUUGAAGACUUUUAUCAUCAUGAUUUCACGACUGCCACUGAGUGGGAAGUGUUUAUCGCGAGAUUGGAGGAAAUAAUGCACGAGUGGAAGCUCCCACAGAUGAAGAUUGGACCCCCCUUGAAGCCUAAAGACUUUGUUAAUUUAUCGUGGGACGAGCAAUCUGAAGAAUUGAACUUCGCAGACGUGGGAUUCGUUCUCAAGCACUACAAACUGCAAACAAAGGAAGAGGGAGAAGAGGAAGAUGCGUUAGACGACAGUGAAGAUUUGAGUACUCAAGCCCACAUUGAUGUCCUCAACAUCUCCAACGACUUCCUCAGGAUCGACAAGGAUCACAUGAAAAUAGCUAAAUACUAUGGGCUCAGAGAGUUCAUAGUUUUGGCUCCAGCCAAACGAAUGGCAAUCACAGACGAAACGAAGAUUAAAAUUCUGAUUAGUUCGUUGACCAUCGCAGCUAACAAUGCCAACUGUGAGAUACCAGCACUGGUGCAAGCUCAGGAGUUAUGGCAACAGUUUUACCUUGGCAUUAGUGUUGGAAGGGGAACAAUGACGCAUUUAGACAUGGUGCAUUUGAAGAAAACACCUCCUCACUGUCGACAUCUCACUGGCUUACUAGCACUUUUUAAACAAAAAGUCAGUGACGGUUGUGGCAUCCGUCUGGACCCAGUGAUGGUCUCUGUGAGAUUCUCGUAUUUGUUGAAGGACUGGACGAAUCACACCUGGACACAAGAACCCCCUGACUUUGAUUUCAUGCAGGGGGAGACUGUCGGUGUCGCUGAACUCGGUAAACUGCCCUUCGGAGCUACAUUCGAUCCAGUCGGAGAACUGAAGCUCUUCACGACCUGGCCCCAAAUGGCCGAGAACGUCGUGAUAGACAGCGAAAGUUUCAGUGAUUUGGAGCCCCAACUGGCGCCAGAGUGGUCAGCAGUGGUGAAAAUGGUUCCCUCGCCUGCCUGUCUCCUGGGGGAAUACCUGACAGACUUCCUGGCCCUCUGCAGCAAUCAGAGGAGUCUCGUAGACAUGCUCGGGGAUGCUGCAGCCUACAUGGAUAAUUCAGACCAGAUCCUGAGUUCUGCAUUCAACAGACUGACAGAAUCCAGUAUUCCAACGAUUUCCAAAGUUGUGAAUAAAGUUCCAAGGAAGAACAGCAAAAAUGUGGAUGGACCAAUUGCUGAGGAGGUCAUGAUCUCCAUUCUUUAUUUUCUAUUCCCUGAUGCUGAGGAGAGACCAAAAUCUCCGUAUGGUGACAUGAACAGCUACAGUGGUGAUGAUGAUUUGUGGAAAGGUGUAAAAACGUGCGCCCUGGAGGGGUUGGUCUGGAGAUUAGCCAUAGUAGCAGCUCACUGCGCCCACAACUUGGGAGGUGCACUCGCUCUGGCUCAACUCUGGCAUGAAUUUGUCCAGGAAAUUCGUUUCCGGUGGGAACGGACCAUUCUCAUCCCAGGUGUGGGAACCGGGUUUCCGGAUUCAGUGCGUACCUGUUUACUCCACCAGAAGCUACAGAUGAUGAAUUGUUGCAUUGAACGUAAAAAAGCGAGAGAAGAGUCGGCUUAUAAACAACAGAGCCUGGACGUUGAUGACUUUGAAUCUGCAGAGUCAGAGGAGGAGUUCUUCGAGUGCACGGAGGAGGAGGCGGACAAGCACGAGGAGGUGCAGGUGAAGAGGAACCAGAGGAGUAGGCAACUACUGUGGAACCGCCCAACGGGGAGACUCGCCAAGCACCCGACCCUGCGCCUACUGAAGACAGGGGAUCCCGUUUAUUUGCCGGUGACCCAGGACCCGGUGCCGAAAACUGAGGAUCAGCUUGAAGAGGAUGCGCAAGUUAUGAUGCAGCUUGGCACCGAUAAACAUGGGUCGGAGAUGCGCGCUCGGCUCAUGAGCGCAUCACUCCUGUCUGAUAUGGAGUCCUUUAAGGCAGCUAAUCCGGGAUCAGAAUUAGAAGACUUUAUUCGAUGGUAUUCACCGAGAGACUGGGUCGAGGUGGAGGGGGUUGACGAGUGGGGCCAGCCCGCAGGGUAUUUAUCCCCUCGAAUGAAACUCGAAAAUAAUCCGUGGGCAACGACAUGGGCCUCGGCACAACCAGUUCCAGCCCACCGGCAAAAACGUCUCUUCGAUGAUACUCGCGAGGCUGAGAAGGCAAUCCACUAUUUAGCAUCGAAGCGUCUCGGUGAAAUAGCCCAGUUGCUCCUCCCCACGCUCACUCACGCCGCGCUCUUCACUCUCAAUCAGCAGAAAACUGAUUCACUACCGAAUUUGCCUGAUGUUACGCUGGGGAUACUCAAUAAACUCCAAUACGCCACGAAACCAAUUCAACAGAAGAUGCAAUUAUAUGAGGAAAUUGCAAGGGACAUCGAGAGUGUCGAAGCCCUCAUCGCCCAGAUAAAUUCCCUCCAGCAUAAACUCUGUGGAGAUGAUCAUUCGAAGGAGAUGAGUUCCUUCAUAACUCAACUGAUGAGAGAAAAAGAGGUGUCUGUGCCUGGUGGAGCCAGGGGAUACGUGGGGUCCCGAAUAACUGACAUGUUCAGAGAUGCCCAAAAGGCUGGCCACAUGAUCACCUCAAUGUCCUCAACCACUAAGCAUCAAGCUGAUGGCAAUCAGAAGACGUUCCCUGAGCCCUCGUGCAAAGAAUUCAUACUGCGAAUUGUAACGCCGAGACCUUCGCCCUCCUCCACCCCCCAACCCCAGCGGCUGUACGCCUGCCUCAAGCGAGAGUACAUCAGACUCGCUGGUUUUUUCUCCGAGGACACGACCUUCUUGUAAACGUCGAGUGAAAGAUAAAUGAAGUAUAUCGUUGGUGGAAAGCAGCUCAAAAUUGAGUCACUUUAUCAAAAAUUAGAAGAUUGACUUUUAAAAAAAGUUGAAAAUUUCUUUUUUCUCCCAGUGUUUCUCACGCAUUUUGUUACAAUUAUUGUAUUUAAUUCACUCUGUCGAGGGGAACAGGUCUCAAGCCACCAAUUAGUAAUGAUAAAUAUGUGAUAACACAUGAUAACAGAAAUGUCAAUAAAGAUUACGAUUUUUUGUACUCGACGAAUGCAAAAGUAAAAAUUUUCUUUUUUUAAUUUUUUUUAUUGUUAUUUUACAUCG